CCCACCCGCCCAAACCCCACCGCCGCCCUCUCCUCCCCGACCCGCGGCGGCGACCGGCGUCCGCAGGCGAUGGAGCGGAUCCACGUCGCAGUGCGCUCGAGGCCGCUCUCCCCGGAGGACGCGCGGACCAGCCCGUGGCGGGUCUCCGGCAACGCCAUCGCGCUCUCCACGCAGUCCUCCACCCGCUUCGAGUUCGACAGGAUCUUCGGUGAGGAGUGCCGCACCGCCGAGGUCUACGAGGCCCGCACCAAGCGCAUCGUCGACUCCGCAGUGCGAGGGUUUAACGGCACUGUUUUUGCAUAUGGGCAAACCAGCAGUGGGAAGACUUACACAAUGAAAGGAUCUGAUAAAGAACCAGGAAUAAUACCGCUUGCAGUUGAUGACUUAUUCCAAAGUAUUCAAGAGCAUACGGACAGAGAAUUCCUUGUUCGCAUGUCUUAUAUGGAAAUCUACAAUGAAGAAAUUAAUGAUCUUCUUGUGCCAGAACAUCGUAAGUUGCAGAUUAAGGAGAGCUCCGAGAGAGGCAUAUAUGUGGCUGGCUUAAGAGAAGAAAUUGUUACAUGCCCUGAGCAAAUCAUGGAUUUUAUGUCAUUUGGAGAAUCUCACCGACAUAUUGGGGAGACAAAUAUGAAUCUCUACAGCAGCCGUUCUCAUACUAUAUUUCGCAUGGUAAUUGAAAGCCGAGAAAAAGUUGACGGCAAUGAAACAGGGGAUUGUUGUGAUGCGGUUCGAGUAUCUUUUCUAAACCUUGUAGACUUAGCUGGCUCAGAACGUGCUGUAAAGACUGGUGCAGAGGGUCUGAGACUUAAGGAGGGUUCUCACAUUAACAGAAGUCUCAUGACUCUUGGUACUGUCAUAAAAAAACUAAGUGAAGGCGUAGAGGAUCAAGGGGGACACGUCCCGUACCGUGAUAGUAAACUGACACGAAUAUUGCAACCUGCUCUGGGUGGAAAUGCUAACACAGCUAUCAUUUGUAAUAUAACACUUGCACAGGUCCAUGCAGAUGAGACGAAAAGUAGCUUACAGUUUGCUAGUAGAGCAUUACGUGUUACAAAUUGUGCAUGUGUUAAUGAGAUUGUGACAGAUGCCGCAUUAUUAAAACGUCAACGAAAUGAAAUUGAAGAACUUCGAGCAAAACUUAGGAAUUCUCGAAGUGAACAUUGGGAGGAAGAAAUCCUGAAUUUGCGGAACACAUUGCUGCAGAGUGAACUGGAAAAGGAGAGAAUUGCUUUAGAGUUGGAGGAGGAAAAGAAAGCUAAAGAGCAGCGUGACAGACGCUUGAUUGAGCAAGCAAAGAAAAUUGAAAAUCUUAGCUCAUUGGUUUUAAAUUCAGAGAGAGAUGACAGGAGUACUGCUAUUAGUAAGGACAAAAGGAGAGUAACAUGGUGUCCUGGACCACACACAAGGCAAUUUGGUGUUGAGAUUUCAGGACCUGUCCAGGAAGGCCGUACGAGCAGCACGGUUAGGCAUGAGCGUAAUAUGGGGAUGCCACCACGUUUUGAUGAGCUAAUGCAAGCCAGCAAUGUUGAGCCUUGUGCUGAUGCUUGCUCAUAUGGUGAUAUAUCCAAAGACUGUGUAGAUGUUUCUCUUCCUGACUCACAUGCUUUGCUGCAUGUCACAAGCCGAAGAAAGCCAAAUACAGUGAAUACAUGGUCUUGCCAGAAGAAAUCAGAUCAAGAGCAAUCCAGGGGAAUAGAUGGUGAACUAAUGGUACCCCAGGACUCUAAUGAUGGGAAUGAUGCUCCGCAAAGUCAGGAAAGCACCAUGCCUUCUGUAGUUUGUGGCUUAUCUGCUCGAGAGUCUGAAGCAAUUCUUGUCAUUAAGCAACUUCAAGACCAGAUCAAGUUGUUGGAGCUAGAGAAGGGUUCUAUUCAAAGUAAUUUGGAUUCUGUUCUUGAAUUGGCAACUCAACAGAAGACUUCAUUCAGAGAAAAGUAUGAAGAGCUUCAACAGAAUGCUCUGACAGCACAAGAACAAGCAAAAGUUGCUAAUGAGAAGCUCUCCACGCUGUCUACUACUGGAAAAUCCAAACAAGAAGUAGCAUAUGAAUUCCUCUGCAAUGUAUUGGUGGAGACUCGAGGAAUAAAUGUGGAGAUGGAUCAAUCUAGAAGCUCACUUGACAGUGCUCUCUCUUUUAUUGAUGAACUCUGUCAGAAUCUCUCCACGAUGUCACAAAGCAUUCUUGAAGUAAAGCAUUCCGCUUACGAAGAUAGAACACUGUUCAGUUCUGUGAUUAGGGAUUAUGAGAAACUGUUAACCAGUUUUAAGGAAAAAGUCUGCAAACUUGAAUCAGAGAAGAAACUAUUAGUUCAACAGUCCCAAGAUCAACAAAAUGAAUUGGAUAAGCUGAAAUCCAGUCUGAGAAGUUGUGAGAAGGACAUAGAUGAUUGUAAUCUUCAACAUGAACUGGAGAAGGAUGGCAUUCUCUCAGAGCUCCUAAUGCUCCAAAAGGAAGUAGUGAACUUGUCAUCAUCUUCUUUGAUGAAAGAAAAGGAAUCUAUCCGAAAAGAACUUGAUAGAGCAAAAACAAAGUUAAGAGAAACUGAUAACAAACUUAAAAAUUCCAUUCAGGAGAAAAUAAAACUUCAGAGUGAAAAAGCAGAAGCCCACAAAGAAAUAAAGAAAUUACAAAGCCAGAGGACUUUUCUUGAACGUGAUUUACGUAAACGUGAUUCACUCACCGUUGACAAAAGACAUGAACUAAAUUCGAUGCCACAUGAACUUGCUGAAGUCCUCGAUCAAGCUGUCCAAAUGCAGGAGAACUAUGAAAAGCUUGAGAUGCAUGCUAUUGAUAUGGAAGCUGAAAUUUCUUCAUUACAAGAAGCUUUAAGUACUUCAAUUGCCGAAAAGGAUGAAGCAUUAUCUAAACUAGAGUUUAUGGCAUCGGAACUAGAAGAUGUUGGAAAUAAGUUAAAUUCGGCUGAAUCAGAGAGGGAUUCCUUGCGUGAGAAGAAUGCAGUCUUGACCCAAAAAACAUAUGAAUCUGAAUCUACCAUCAAAAGAUUGGAGGUUUCUCUCGAUUCUGUAUCAAGGGAAAAGGAAGACUUGGGAAUGCAACUUACCGAUGCCCUUCUGGACAUGGAGUCUGCAAGAUCGAUGUGGACAGCGAAGGAGAAAGAAUAUCUAGAAGCUAAUCAGAGAUUGAAUAUCUGCCAAGAAGAAAAUUGCAAACUAUCCGAAGAUUUGAUUCAGGUGAGGCAAGAGCUGGUGUAUUGUCGAGAACAGUGCAGAACUCUAGAGGACAAACUGGCUCUUUCUACGGAGAAUGACGCGAAUGAGAAAGGGAUAACAUGCUGCAGGGAGGCUUGUAAAGGAUCACAACAACAUUUGGGGGAAGGAAGAACCAUGAAUGAUGCUGUAGGUGAAAAUGAACUCCACAAACAACUAUUGAUGAUUACCGAAGAGCGUAAUAGUUUACUUUCGAAAACAGAACAGAUGAGGUUAAUCAUCAAUGAAGCAGAAGUUUUGAAAGAGAAUUGUAACAGAAAGUUAACACAUGCAAAAGCUACAAUAGAUGAGUUGAGCUCUAGGAUAUCUACCAUGGAAGUCAAUAUGAAAAACGAUGCUUUGGCUAAUAACAAAGAGAAGACCAAGCUUCGCAUGCAGAUUCGGUGGCUGCAACCACAACUUGACGCACAUCGCGGACGGCUUAAAGAAGCAGUGAACGAGAUGAAGAUCAUGGAUGCUAAAUACCAAGAAGCAUCCACCAAGCUGAAGAAGGAGCUUUCUAACGCGUGCCGCGAAGUCCUGAGGUUGAGAGAAAAGCUUAACGAACCACAGGGCACAUCAAACUGAGAUUGUGAAUUUGUCACAUUUUCUUUUGCAUAACUCGUGUAGCAAACUUGUAAAUAUACUGUCGAUCAGAUGGAAGCACCUGCCAUUGGGUCAUAGAGGACUACUGACCAGGCUUCACUCACUGCAAUAGGCAGCUGUUCGGAUUGAUCAAAAGGCCAAAAGCUUUGUACACUUCUGGGCCUUUGCUGCAUGGACAACUGAGGACAAGGGGAGGUGACUAGUCCGGGUCUAUAUAUUGGUGUAUCUUGUUCUGUCAAACAUGACCAUAAUGCACUUCUUUUUUAUUUGCUCCAA